AUGAGGGAGAGGAUUUCUAAGAAGCUGAAGAAGAUGGAGGAGAAGAAGAAGAGUACAGACCCCAGCGAGGAGGACAGAGGGAAGAGGGCCAACCGCAGUGGUGCCAGAACCCUGGCCUGCUUGGAAGGCCGUUUCAACAUCCCUUCUAGUGGUGCCAGAACCCUGGCCUGCUUGGAAGGCCGUUUCAACAUCCCUUCUAGUGGUGCCAGAAACCUGGCCUGCUUGGAAGGCCGUUUCAACAUCCCUUCUAGUGGUGCCAGAACCCUGGCCUGCUUGGAAGGCCGUUUCAACAUCCCUUCUAGUGGUGCCAGAACCCUGGCCUGCUUGGAAGGCCGUUUCAACAUCCCUUCUAGUGGUGCCAGAACCCUGGCCUGCUUGGAAGACCGUUUCAACAUCCCUUCUAGUGGUGCCAGAACCCUGGCCUGCUUGGAAGGCCGUUUCAACAUCCCUUCUAGUGGUGCCAGAACCCUGGCCUGCUUGGAAGGCUGUUUCAACAUCCCUUCUAGUGGUGCCAGAACCCUGGCCUGCUUGGAAGGCCGUUUCAACAUCCCUUCUAGUGGUGCCAGAACCCUGGCCUGCUUGGAUGGCCGUUUCAACAUCCCUUCUAGUGGUGCCAGAACCCUGGCCUGCUUGGAUGGCCGUUUCAACAUCCCUUCUAGUGGUGCCAGAACCCUGGCCUGCUUGGAAGGCCGUUUCAACAUCCCUUCUAAUAAGCGACGAGCUUCGUCAAGAGGCUCGCUAGUUGAAGAAGGACCUACUGGACAUCAAAAAGAGAAGACCUCGCCAAUCCUCCACAGAAGGAGGAGGAAGACGAGGAGGCUAUUUUCACUAGCAACGGAUCUGUUCCCAGACACAAAUGGAUCUGAUCCCAGACACAAACGGAUCUGUUCCCAGACACAAACGGAUCUGUUCCCAGACACAAACGGAUCUGUUCCCAGACACAAACGGAUCUGUUCCCAGACACAAACGGAUCUGUUCCCAGACAUAAACGGAUCUGUUCCCAGACACAAACGGAUUUGUUCCCAGACACAAACGGAUCUGUUCCCAGACACAAACGGAUUUGUUCCCAGACACAAACGGAUUUGUUCCCAGACACAAACGGAUCUGUUCCCAGACACAAACGGAUCUGUUCCCAGACACAAACGGAUCUGUUCCCAGACACAAACGGAUUUGUUCCCAGACACAAACGGAUCUGUUCCCAGACACAAACGGAUCUGUUCCCAGACACAAACGGAUUUGUUCCCAGACACAAACGGAUUUGUUCCCAGACACAAACGGAUUUGUUCCCAGACACAAACGGAUCUGUUCCCAGACACAAACGGAUCUGUUCCCAGACACAAACGGAUCUGUUCCCAGACACACACGGAUCUGUUCCCAGACACAAACAGAUUUGUUCCCAGACACAAACAGAUUUGUUCCCAGACACAAACGGAUCUGUUCCCAGACACAAACGGAUUUGUUCCCAGACACAAACGGAUCUGUUCCCAGACACACACGGAUCUGUUCCCAGACACAAACCGAUUUGUUCCCAGACACAACCGGAUCUGUUCCCAGACACAACCGGAUCUGUUCCCAGACACAACCGGAUCUGUUCCCAGACAAAACCGGAUCUGUUCCCAGACACAACCGGAUCUGUUCCCAGACACAACCGGAUCUGUUCCCAGACACAACCGGAUCUGUUCCCAGACACAAACGGAUCUGUUCCCAGACACAAACGGAUCUGUUCCCAGACACAAACGGAUCUGUUCCCAGACACAAACGGAUCUGUUCCCAGACACAAACGGAUCUGUUCCCAGACACAAACGGAUCUGUUCCCAGACACAAACGGAUCUGAUCCCAGACACAAACGGAUCUGUUCCCAGACACAAACGGAUCUGUUCCCAGACACAAACGGAUCUGAUCCCAGACACAAACUGAUCUCAUUUUGUUUUGUAACAGCAUUCUUUGUGCUCAGUCCCAAAAGCAAACGCAUUCUUCCUUCAUGCACUAGCAACAGCAGCAGCCCACUACCCGCUCUUGGCAUGCGGAGUCAUAUUGAAAUGAAAAAGCCAACUGUCUCCUCAGAAUUCACCCAGCAGAGUGCUAAAAGAGACAUUAGGAACCUUUUUGAGUUAUAAUUUAUUUUUUAUUAUCUCUUCAAUUUUCAAGAUGAAUUAUAGCAUGUUCCUUUAGUCAGAUUUUUUUUCUUUCUUGGAAUAAGUGUUGGUUCUGAGAGCCAAAAAUAAGAGCGUCACUGUCUGUUUUAUACCCACCCUCAAUGGUGUGGCAACAUUCUUUUGACCACUUUGAGUUAUUUAUACAGGUUAUGAAUGUGUGCACAGCGUGUUUUAUUUCAAUGGCGCCUUGUCAGUCAAAUUGUGGAUGUGGAAGAAAUUAAUUUUAAAAAAAAUUCAAUUGACUUAGAUUUAACUUAGGUUUCUGUCAGUUCACAGGUUUCUGCCUCGUCUUGAAAAGGCGUUGAUUGGGGCAAGAGAGGAGCCUGCUUCCCUAACGAAGAGGUGUCUGUCGUCCACAACAACCUACAUCAGGCCUGGGAUUUGUAGCUCUCCAAGGCCCAGGAGACAGCUAGGGGAGGAAUGUAGUUAGAAUGGCCAUCAAACUCAAAUAUAGUAGUUAGUGACAACAGCUGGAGAGGGUGAAGUGAGUUCCUCGUGUAGCGCCCCGAGGGAGUCAUCAUUCAGCAUCCUGCAAGUCCCGGGCUGCUGCGAGGGGGCAGAGCGCUAGGGGUGAAUGGGAAAGAUGGAAGGAGAUCACUUCUUGCUUUCAUAAAUCAAAGGGAAAGAUUUGCACCUCGAACAGCAGAGCAGACAUCCAUGUUGACUCGGGGGAGGAGGCCUGUAGAGUGGCCCCAGCCCAACACUUCACAAGUCUCUGCUAAGGGAAUCCCAUGAUUGGUCAGAAUUUGGAGCAUUCGUGGGCUAAAUGCCUUGAGAAAUAAGAAUAAUUGCAUGGUUUCCUCAACCUAAAUGAUAGCCAUCCAACCCCAAAUACCCUCUUGGACUUUAGCUUUUUGUUACUCAGUGAAGUUCCUCCUGAAGUGAACUGACAACUUCUCUGAGAAACUGCCUGUUCACUCUAAACAGACUAUAUUAGAACCGUUAGAAUAAUGGUAGUUCUACUGUAGGAGUUUUAGUCACAGCAGCAGAGUCUUGUUGGCCUCCAGUAAUUAAGACACGAGACAGGCACCAAAGUUAUUACCGUUGUGUCAGUUGAUUCUCCUCGUAACUUUGGACCACUAUAUAAUUAAUAUCACUUCUGGAGAGAAUCAUACAGUUGGGUUUCUUUUUUGGUUUACAUAGUAAACAUUGUUUCAUUUGCUGUCAUUAAUACAAAUGUGCAUUGUCGCAGUGUACUAACCCUGGGAACCCAAUAUCUGGAGGGAUUGAAUCAGGCCCCAUAUCUUAUCUGCAAACCAGAAGCUUAAUUGUCAUGUUGCAGCAGAGUCGUUGCUACAGAGGUAGGAUCUUGAUUCGAUACAGUUUGCUACAGCAGGAAAAUAAUCAUGCAGCAACAGGACAUUUUUAUUAUUAUGUGGAUUAUAAUGAAUGGACAUUUUUGUAGGGUACAUUUUUUGAUACAUUUUUCAUAAGGUAAAAUAAAGUCUGAAAUUUCAAAGUGGAAAUUACAAACCUCAGAGGCCUUUUUAAACCUUAAAUGCACUACAAGUAAAUUAGAUAGUAAUGAUACUAUACUUGGGUAGUAGAGGAAGUUUACAAUCGUCUCGACGAUCAUUUUGAUGAAUGAAGGAUGUUGUCAAAGUUGGUAUUUGACUUCACUGUCCAGAAAGUAUAGACUAUUGUAUGUUUUUUCUUUUAAUAAUACUCUUUUUAGUGUUAUAUCCAACUAAGUACUGCAGAUUUAUUGUUUGCUUACAUUUAUUUUUAAUAGCAGAACUUUGUUGCUGAAACAGUUUACAAGUUCAACGUUCAAAUUCAACGUAAAAAAUUGCUAAAGACCAAAACACCACGCAAAAGAGUUUACAAAUGUCAGUUUGUGCCGUUUCAAUACAGGAAGUGUUUACAUUUCCCCCCACAAAUAAAUGACAAAAUUGUACAUCUAAAUGUUGGGAACUUUUGUGUAUUUAAGUAGAGAUGAACAUAGAGGCUGCCCGUAUGUUUAGAAAAGACUGUUGUAUGAACUCAGUCAAAUUAGGCGUUUUGAGAAAACAAACUCAUGGCCUGUGUCUGAAAUGGCACCCUGUUCCCUGUGGUGCACUACCUUGGACCAGGGCCCAUAGAGCUCUGCUCAAAAUGAGUUCACUAUAUAGGGAAUAGCGUGCCAUUUCAGACACACCCAUGCUGCAACUGCUUUAAAAUGAGUUGAGACUGUCUGGAUGAAUUUCGAGUUUAGCCUAGAUGUCAGAAGUUGUGUGAGGACACUGUGUACCGUACAGCCCGGCUUCACAGCACUUCAAAUUGUUUGGAGAAUGAACAAGCAACAUGUUGUUUAUGGAUCGGUUUGGUCAGACUGAUUACUCCCUGGUAAAGCAGGCCUGUAUGUUUUGCUGGCCAUAUAAUUCAGGCCUAUGCUUGGCUAUAUACACCAAGUAGUGGAAGGUAAAGUACAGUUACAGCAUUAUGAUCUAAAGAAGAGCUAGUUUUUAAAAUCUCUCUGAAGAAUAGGCCUCAACCUGUGAUCAUGGGUGCUAAAUACCAUUUCUCACAUCCUGGAAUGAUGAUCACAUGCCUAACAUACCAUCCUCUCUGACAGCGGCCCAGUGUUCCAGCCAGAAGGACUUAUACAGUACUACAGUAGCUCUUAAUAAAUGACAGGACCAGACACAGGAGGUCUGUCCUCGACACGUUACGUUUAUUUUGUCCCCCAUCAGUGUGUCCUGUCGGUGUCUGGGGCCGUUACCUGCUAGUCAGAAUAACCAUGACUCCAGUAGCCAGGUGACUGAGUCUGUGACAUCAGAGGGCUGUUAUGGAAAUUAGUGUGCCACUGGAACCACUUGGCUCUUUUCUCACUGUCUGCCCCCGCUGAGACAUCACUGCCUGGGCGUCUGAUCACAGAGAUUAAAACAAGCACAUUAACGCCUCGAGACACUAAACGUCAACAUACAUGCAGGUCCACCCCCCCCCACCCACCACACCCUCUCUCACUCUCAUCUCUGUUUUUCUGUGCGCUCUCUCUUUCUCUCAUCUCAGCAUCUCUCUCAUCCCUUCCCAUCUUUCCCUCUCAUUAGUUCAUGAAUUCAUUAUCAAAGUAGAGUCCCAUUCACACAGAAGAACUAGAUCACAAAAUGGUGAAAAAUCUCCAGUAUUUUAUGUACUGACUCCAUUCAGUCACUGCCUUACUCCACACCAGUUUGCCUCAUUCAUGCUGAUCAAGGGAAGGCCAGCCGUGCUUGUGCGUCUCCUCUCCAGUCAGUACAUUUUAUUUUUUUAACUAGGCAAGUCAGUUAAGAACAAAUUCCUAUUUACAAUGACAUCCUACCAGGGAACAUUGGGUUAACUGCCUUGAUCAGGGGCAGAAAGACAGAUUUGUACCUUGUCAGCUCGGGCAUUUGAUCCAACAACCUUUUGGUUACUAGUCCAACGCUCUAACCACUAGGCUACAUGCCACCACCAAACAUAAGUCAGCAAAACUUUUAAAUUAUUUCAUGUCAGAAAUGGUUCAUUUCCACAAAUACAGUACCAGUCAAAAGUUUGGACACAUCUACUCAUUCAAGGAUUUCCUUUAUUUUUACUAUUUUCUACAUUAUAGAAUAAUAGUGAAGACAUCAAAACCAUGAAAUAACACAAAUGGAAUUCUGUAGUAACCAAAAAAGUGUUACACAAAACACAAUAUAUAUGAGUUUCUUCAAAGUAGCCACCCUUUACCUUGAUGACAGCUUUGCACACUCUUGGCAUUCUCUCAACCAGUUUCACCUGGAAUGCUUUUCCAACAGACCUGAAGGAGUUCCCACAUAUGCUGAGCACUUGUUGGCUGCUUUUCCUUCACUCUGCGGUCCAACUCAUCCCAAACCAUCUCAAUUGGGUUGAGGUCGGGGGAUUGUGGAGGCCAGAUCAUCUGAUGAGGCACUCCAUCACUCCUUCUUGGUCAAAUGGCCCUUACACAGCCUGGAGGUGUUUUGGCUCAUUGUCCUGUUGAAAAACAAAUGAUAGUCACACUAAGCGCAAACCAGAUGGGAUGGCGUAUCGCUGCAGAAUGCUGUGGUAGUCAUGCUGGGUAAGUGUGCCUUGAAUUCUAAAUAAAUCACUGAUAGUGUCACCAGCAAAGCACCAUCACACCUUCUCCUCCAUGCUUCACGGUGGGAACCACACAUGCGGAGAUCAUCCGUUCACCUACUCUGCGUUUCACAAAAACAUGGCGGUUGGAACCAAAAAUUGCAAAUUUGGACUCAUCAGUCUAAAGGACAGAUUUCCACCGGUCUAAUGUCCUUUGUUCGUGUUUCUUGGCCCAAGCAAGUCUCUUCUUCUUAUUGGUGUCCUUUUAGUAGUGUUUUUUUCCCUAGCAAUUCGGCCAUGAAGGCCUGAUUCACGCAGUCUCCUCUGAACAGUUGAUGUUGAGAUGUUUCUGUUACUUGAACUCUGUGAAGAAUUUAUUUGGGCUGCAAUUUCUGAGGUGCAGUUAACUCUAAUGAACUUAUCCUCUGCAGCAGAGGUAACUCUGUGUCUUCCUUUCCUUUGGCGGUCCACAUGAGAGCCAGUUUCAUCAUAGGGCUUGAUGGUUUUUGCAACUGCACAAAUGUUCUGCCUUGACUCACCUUCAUGUCUUAAAGUAAUGAUGGACUAUCGUUUCGCUUUGCUUAUUUGAGCUGGUCUUGCCAUAAUAUGGACUUGGUCUUUUACCAAAUAGGGCAAUCUUCUGUAUACCACCCCUACCUUGUCCCAACUGAUCGGCUCAAACGCAUUAAGAAGGAAAGAAAUUCCACAAAUUAACUGUUAUCAAGGCACACCUGUUAAUUUAAAUGAAUUCCAGGUGACUAUCUUAUGAAGCUGGCUGAGAGAAUGCCUUGGUGACAGCUUUGCACACUCUUGGCAAAGGGUGGCUACUUUGAAGAAUCUCAAAUAUAAAAUCUAUUUUGAUUUGUUUAACUAUUUUUAUUGGUUAGUACAUGAUUCCAUGUGUGUUAUUUCAUAGUUUUGAUGUCUAUUUUUUACAAUGUAAAAAAGAAAUAAAACCCCUUGUGUCCAGACGUUUGACAUGUACUGUAUGUCAAAGCAACAUGAACCAUUUGAAAGAACAAGAAGUUGGUUUCUUUCUCUCUGUCCAAUCUGCUGUUGCUACAUCCAUUUUUGGACUUACACAUUAUGAAAUGUACCCAUUUGAUUUCGAAGUAUGUAUCUUUGAAAUGCAGUGAGUGUAGUUAAAACUAUAAUGUUGAUAUCAAGGAUGGUCAGUCCGUGCAUCCAUAACGUUGUCUAUGAAUUUGAGAGUGGUUACUUUUCUCCAUCCCCAGUCCUCAGCUUUUUACCAAAACGAGCAGGGAGAAUGCUUUGUUAUUGUUUCACCUGCAGAUGGCCCACUGUAGUUUAUAGAAUCCUUUUCAAGAUGAUCCUUUACACCCAAGGCUCUGCAUGUGGAAUUUGACCUAGUAUAGAAACAGUGUUGCAACACUGGGCUGUGAUCUAUACCCCCCACUUCAUUCACCCCUCACAGAUGACAAUUUGUUCUCAGGUCUUACCUGGUUCCAGUCAAUUUAUGUCAGGUUUCACCAAUUAUCUCACAUAUGGCCCCCUUCCCUCUGUUUCUGCUUAGCUCUCAGCACUCUCUGUUACCGUACCUUUAGGCCAGGUGAUCAAUUACAUACAGAUUAGCAUUAUGAACAAGAGAGUGGAGGGUUAGUGUGUCGCGGCCUCUCUGUUCCACGUUUCUUUCAGCACCUGCACCUGUACAAGGGUUUCAGGCCCUAUAGCCCCUGUAGCCUUGGCCCUGUCAGUCAGCCAGAGAUGAGAGAGGAAUGGGUAUGAUGGUUGUCCUGACCCAGAUUGUCUCACUCUCAUAUCAUAUCAACCAGUCUUACAGCUUGAUCUGCUCUCUCCCCUCGCAUGUUGGGAUUUUUACUGUUUAUCGUUAACAUGUUCUGUGUUUCGCUAAGUGUGAUUGUUAGUUGCGUCUCGGGUGUGGGAAACGUUCCUCAAGUCUUUCUUUCUCUCGCUCAUUCUCUUUCACACACACACACACACACACACACACACACACACACACACACACACACACACACACACACACACACACACACACACACACACACACACACACACACACACACACACACACACACACACACACACACACACACACACACACACACUCUCUCUCAUUUAAAUUCAAAUAAGCUUUAUUGUCAUGGGAAACAUAUGUUUACAUUGGCAAAGCAAGUGAAGUGAACUAAACAACUGAGAAUAAACGAAUUUAACAGCAUCAACAAAAAAAUAUUAGAAAUGAACAGUAAGCAUUGUACUCAAGGUUUCUCUCUCUCCUCUCUCAUAUAUUCUGUGUGAGUACUCUCUCCUGUCUUCCCAUGGCCACUUGGCCAGCCAACAGGCUUAUCCCUCACCUGUCAUCAGCUGGUUCCUUUGAAAGAGCAGGGCCAAAACCUGCGUUACUGGAGGCAGUACGCUCUGUCCUUCAUUUAGACUUCAUCCAAAUCUCAACUGACACUGUUUAUGGAUGCUUCCAUGUUUAUCUCUUUAAGGGCACUACAUUCUACAGAGUUUGGAUGUGUUGUAUUCUGGAUCCUCUCUUGGCAAAGUACCAAGGUUCAUUUCAGUGUACAGAUACUGAAUUGAAGUAGUAAGUAGACCUGCUACUGUGCUUUGUAAGUAUCGUUAUGCUUGAAUAAUACAAGGUUAUAUCCACUUAUUUGAGACACUUGUUUUUCUCAUUGAAACCCUCCUUGCCCAGAGGUAUACUUUCCCUUUGCAGUCUCAUCCAGUCUCAAGGCUGAAGUUGAAGCAUUCAGUCCCUUUUUCCUCCUUUCUUUUUCAUUGGGAACAUUUCCAAUACGUUGGAUGUGGCUGGCUCUGGCGCAGAGCAGGAAGAGAGGGGUUUCCUUGUUAAACUGUGAGCCCAUCAUUCAUCCUGCUGGAUCUGUUGGCCAUGCAGCAGGCACUGUAGUGGAGCAUUCGCUCAGAUCACAGCCGUUCACCUUGUGUUUGUCACUGUGACUCAACGGGUCUCUCGCUGCGUUUGAAAUGGCGACCUGUUCCCUAUGUAGUGCACUACUUUUGAUCAGGGCCCAUAGGGCUGUGGUGAAAAGUAGUGCAUUAUAUAGGGAAUAAGUGUGGUGCAUUUUCAGACACACCCUCUGUCUUACUAAUGAGGCAGCGCUUCAGAUGAUUAUUUGCAUGUUGGAUGUUAUUUCCUCUGCAUUCUGUCCCGAUUAAAUAUUUUCCCAAUUAACUAGGAUGCGCAUUAAUUAACUGUUUAAUAACUAAACGUAGUAAGUUCCUGUAGGAGACAAGAAGCCAGACAGACAGCAGGGCUAUGUCAGAGUAUAUCCAACUAUUAAUUACUAUGUUUUUAACUUCCUGUAGAGGAAAAUAAGCCGGUGAGCGAGGCCAUGGCUGAGGAUCUCCUAGUUAACAAACGGUCUGUUAGUUAACUAUGAACAGACUGCUAACUACUGUGUCCCUAUAGAGGGAAAUAAGCCGGGUAGCGAGGCGGUGGCGGAAUAUCUGGAUGGCAAGAAGAAAUAUGAAGACAUGAAGAAACAAACUGAAGAAGGGAUCCAGCAGAAAGACACAGACGAUGGCGCUGCUGGACCGUUUCAAGUCCAAGCUGUCUUCAGCCAUCCCUGAGACAGGACCCUGAGACAGGACCCUGAGACAGGACCCUGAGACAGGACCCUGAGACAGGACCCUGAGACAGGACCCUGAGACAGGACCCUGAGACAGGACCCUGAGGAGCUGGCGGAGGAUGAUGACAAAGGAUGGAUGGCCCAUGUUCUCCAGUUUGAUGAACAAACCAGAAAAGUCAAGGAUGCCAACAUGCAGGACGAAGACACGUUUGAGAUCUAUGAUUCACGCAACCCCGUCAACAAACGGCGGAGGGAGGAAGAAGGUCAAAAGUUAGGCCUGGAGGUUAACCUCGGCCAUGUGACAGACCAGUCCUCACUCCUCUCUUCCGCUCUAACCCACCACUUCAAAACAACUGUCUCUCCUUCCUGUUAAACUGUGUGAACUUUGAACCCUGGAAUGCCAUGAAGCACCAAAACAGCUGUUAUUGAGAAGCUGUUGGCCUCUGUUCACAUCUGGACUGAUGUAGCUAACACAGGGCUAACGUGACUCCAGCCCAUCAGAAUAAUCCCUGAUAAAAGGGAAACGCUCAUGACCUGACAGCUAUUGUUAAUGUAAAGCUCUCUGUCAUCAAGACAUAGUAUCCUUCUAGCAUUUUGAACUGGAAUCUGACCCCACAUUUCCGGGAAUUAACUUUUAUCAUCCUACUGUACUGAAUGUUUAUGUUGUGAUUGAGUGAGAAUUGGAAGGUGAAGGGGUGAGAAAUGCUCAGGUACCUAGGUAAAGUAGUAAGGUUGAUGGAUAACGUUCCAAGUCAUCCAUGUCAACUUGUCUGAUGAGCAAUGUAAUGAACAUGUACUGAUAAUAAAUGACCUUUCUCAUACGA